ACGUCUCCCAAGAGAGGAGAGGCUGUCUUUAAAGAGAAAAGGAGACCACUCAAGAAGGAGUUUGUGCCUGGACCCAAGGAGAGGGUGACACAGACAACCAUGCCUGAGCCAUCAAAAGCGGCAGGUAAAAAGGGGGUAGCAGCUCCAAAACAAGCUGCUAAGCCGGCAGCAAAAGAGGCUCCAAAAGAGGCUCCAAAAGAGGCUCCAAAGGAGGCACCACCGCCACAAGAAGCACCUCAGGACACGCACGAUGGGGAAUUGCCACCAGAUGAUACUAAGCCUGAAGACCGUACUCCUGAAAUAACAGGGCUGUUUAUUAUUAAGCCAGUAGAUCUCACAGUAGAAACAGGAAAAGACAUUCUUUUAUUGGCUAGUGUUGAUGCCAGUCAGCUGAGUGUGAAACCCAAUAUUAAAUGGUUCAAAGGAAAAUGGCUGGAAUUAGGGAGCAAGAGCGGAACACGGUUCCAGUUCAAGGAAACUAUCGACAAAGAGAAGAAGGUGUACAAUUUUGAACUGAAGAUUAACAAGGCAGCGGUUGCAGAUGCCGGCGGCUACAGGUGUGAAGUCCUCUCUAAAGACAAAUGUGACAGCUGCACUUUCAAUAUUGAAGUGGAAGCGGCUGUUAAAGAUGAAGGAAACAUAUUGCAAGCUUUCAAAAGAACGGGUGAAGGAAAGAAAGACGAGGAUGCUGGGGAGCUUGACUUCAGUGGUUUGCUGAAGAAAAGAGUGGAGGAUAAGCAAAAAGAACAGAAGAAAAAGAAGGAGGAAGAUGACUGUGGUAUUCCUCCAGAUGUCUGGGAGCUGCUGAAGAAUGCCAAGCCAAGCGACUUUGAACGCAUUGCCUUUGAAAAUGGCAUCACUGACCUCAGAGGCAUGCUUAAACGUCUCAAGAAGGUCAGAAAGGAAGCGAAAAAGAGUGAAGCAUUUGGAAAGAAACUGGAUACUUGCUACUCAGUAGACAAAGGCAACAGAAUUAAGAUGCAAGUGGAACUCACCAAUCCGGAUAUUCCAGUGAAGUGGUUUAAGAAUGGGCAAGAAAUAAAACCCAGUGCCAAGUAUGUAUUUGAGAACGUUGGCCUAAAAAGAGUCCUGACCAUCAAUAAAUGCACUUUGGCAGAUGAUGCAGCUUACGAGUGUGUCAUUGGUGAUGAGAAAUGCUUCACCGAACUCUUUGUUAAAGAACCCCCUGUCUUAAUUACCAAAGCAUUGGAUGACCAACAAGCAUUUGUAGGAGACAAAGUUGAACUGGAAGUUGAGGUCUCAGAGGAAGGAGCACAGGUUAUUUGGAUGAAAGAUGGAGUUGAGCUGACUCGUGAAGAGACAUUCAAAUACCGCUUUAAAAAGGAUGGUAAAAAGCACAUUUUGAUGAUUAAUGAAGCAACACAGGAGGAUACCGGACGCUAUCAAGUUAUGACUAAUGGUGGAAAGUGUGAGGCUGAUCUUCAAGUUGAAGAGAAGCAACUAGAAGUGCUCCAGGGCAUUGCUGACCUGACAGUGAAAGCAGCAGAACAAGCUGUAUUUAAAUGUGAGGUCUCUGAUGAAAAAGUGACUGGAAAGUGGUUAAGGAAUGGGGUUGAGAUUAAACCCAGCAAACGUAUCACAAUGACACACAAGGGCAGGAUCCACAAAUUAAUUAUUGAUGAUGUCCGACCAGAAGACGAAGCAGACUACACCUUUGUCCCAGAUGGAUAUGCCUUGACCCUUUCUGCCAAACUCAACUUCUUAGAGAUCAAAAUUGUCUAUGUACCGAAACAAGAACCCCCGAGGAUCCAUCUUGAUUGUUCUGGUGGAGAACAUAUCAACACCAUUGUCGUUGUAGCAGGAAACAAGUUACGAUUUGAUGUGCCAAUUACUGGAGAGCCAGCACCAACUGUUGCAUGGUUCAGGGGAGAUGCGGAGUUCUCUGAAAUGGAGGGCCGAGUACAUAUCGAGAUCAGAAAUGAGAUGAGCAGCUUCAUCAUUGAAGGCGCAGAAAGGUCUGAUGAAGGAAGCUAUAACAUUGUGGUGACCAACCCUGUUGGAGAGGAUAAAGCCACUCUGAUCGUUAAAGUUGUAGAUGUUCCUGAUCCCCCAGAAAAUGUUCAUAUCACAAGCGUUGGUGAGGACUGGGCUAAUGUUGUUUGGGAGCCUCCAAAUUAUGAUGGAGGACAGCCAGUAACAGGAUAUCUUAUUGAAAGGAAAAAGAAGGGCAGCCAGCGCUGGAUGAAGAUGAAUUUUGAAAUCUUUAAUGGCACUGCAUUCGAGUCAACAAAAAUGAUUGAGGGGGUGUUGUACGAGAUUAGAGUCUUUGCUGUCAAUACCAUCGGCAUCUCUCAACAAGCCAAUACCUCCAACCCAUUCAUGCCAAUCGCUCCUACAAGUGAACCUCUACAUCUGACGGUUGAGGAUGUGACAGAUACCACCUGCACUCUGAAAUGGAGGCCACCCGAUCGUAUCGGGGCUGGAGGAAUUGAUGGCUAUCUGAUUGAGUACUGCAGAGAGGGCUCCGAUGAAUGGAUUCCAUCUAAUAAAGACCUGGUAGAAAGAUGUGGCUACACUGUGAAAGAUCUCCCUACUGGAGAAAAAAUCUCAUUCCGAGUGCGUUCUGUGAAUAUUGCUGGACUCAGUGAGCCGGCCUACAUGUCCCAAUCAGUCACAAUACGGGAAAUUGUGCAGCAACCCAAGAUUCGCUUACCCCGACAACUCAGACAGACUUUCAUUAGAAAAGUAGGGGAACAAGUCAACCUAGUUAUUCCCUUCCAGGGAAAACCAAGGCCAGUGGUGACUUGGACAAAAGAGGAUAAGCCUUUGGACCCCAAGCAAGUCAGCAUCAGAACCUCGGAAGUGGACACCAUUCUCUUCAUCAGAUCUGCAGAAAGGAGUCACUCAGGAAAAUAUGAACUCUCAGUUAUGAUUGAAAACAUGAAAGAUGUCGCAUCAAUAAACAUUCGCAUUGUGGAAAAACCAGGUCCAGCUCAGGCAGUUACAGUCAAAGAAGUCUGGGGUUUUAAUGCCUUGCUGGAAUGGCAACCCCCUAAAGAUAAUGGAAACUCAGAAAUCACAGGCUACACCAUACAGAAAGCAGACAAGAAGACAAUGGAAUGGUUCACUGUCUAUGAGCACAACCGUCAACCACGCUGCACCAUCUCUGACCUCAUUAUGGGAAAUGAAUAUUACUUUAGGGUGUACAGUGAGAAUAUCUGUGGCCUGAGCGAGAAUGCUGGUGUCUCCAAGAACACAGCGUAUAUUCAGAAAACAGGACUUGUCUACAAACCUUUUGACUACAAAGAACAUGACAACAACAUGGCUCCCAAGUUCCUCACUCCUCUGAUAGACCGCACUGUUGUGGCUGGGUACAGUACAGCCUUGAAUUGUGCUGUGAGGGGUCAUCCAAAGCCUAAGGUUAUUUGGAUGAAAAAUAAAGUAGAAAUUAGAGAUGAUCCCAAAUUCCUCAUGAAACACAACCAAGGUGUCCUUACCCUGAAUAUCCGUAAGCCAAGCCCCUUUGAUGGAGGAACCUACACCUGCAAGGCCGUCAAUGAACUGGGAGAAGCUGAGGUGGUCUGCAAGCUGGAAGUCAGAGUUCCCCAGUAACCGAGCCUGUGUUUCUAUGAA